AAUUUUUUCUGGCUUGCUCUCUUUCUAAUCUGAAAAAGUAAGCAGAGCUUUGCUCACCUUCUUCAAGCCACUUUCUGCAUGAGCGAAUGUAGGCUCCUUCAGCUUUAUAUUUAUAAAUGUUAUCUAAUUGAUGUUGCAGUUCAGCAAGUUCAGCUUUUUCAGAAAUAGUGAUAUCCUCCACAUUUUUUGCCAAAAGAUUGCCAAUUUUAUAAAUAACAUCAUUUUCAUUAGAUUUUCUCUUUUUAGCUAAGAUGCUACUAAAUUUGCGCAAAUAUUUACUAACUUCAUAUUUAGUUAGCUCCCAAUUACUGCCGUAAUUUUUUUCUUCUUUUGCUUUAACCCAAAAUUUUGUAAUAAUGUUACUGACGUUGUCUUUAACUUCAUCAUAGACAAGAAUCGAGUUAUUAAGUUUCCAAUAAGAGGGGGUUGUAUGCGAAGUAACUUCAUUUGAAAAAGGAAUAUGAAUAGAAAUACAUUUGUGAUCAGACAAAGGUGAGGGAAUAAUAUCAGUCGAAACGUUAUGCAGCUCCUUAGAAAUAAGCCAUAGGUCAAUGCGAGAUUGACAUGAGAAUGAAUUAUUAUUCCAUGUGAAUGAUCUUAAAGAUGGAUAAGUAUCUCUCCAGCUAUCAACCAAACAGAACCUUUCCAUGAACAUCUUUAAAUAAGAAUUAGCACUAUUAGGUUUUGGUGGCCAUCUAUCCAUGUUACUGUCACUAACCAUAUUAAAGUCACCUCCGAAAAUCAAAUAUGAAUUGGGGUAGUUAGUUAACAGUGAAAGUAUGCGUUUUUCUAUGUGAUCAAAAAAAAUCCAUUUUAUUUUAGUUGAUUGUGCCCAUAAACAUUGGUGACGAUAAACUUCUUACAUGAAAUUUCAAGUAAGAGGAAAACAUACCGACCAUUUGGAUCACACUCAGUAAAUAAAACUUUCCCCCUGAAACAAUGAAGUAAAACACAUACCCCAGCUGAGCUUGAGGUUGCAUGAGACAUCCACAAGUCCAUGCCCCAUUGGGAUCUCCAUAUCUUAAAAUCUUCUUUGACUGAAUGACAUUCUUGUAAAAAGUAAAAGUCAGAGUUAAACUGUUUAAGGUACAAAAAAAUAGCUUUACGUUUUGUAAGAUUUCUUAUCCCUCUAACAUUAAAUGAAAGAAUAGACAGAGCCAUAACAGAAAAAAACAAAGACAGAAAGAGAACUUUAAAUUAAACAAUAAUAACAGUUAUGAUCCAAGUAAUGUGCUAAGGAUCACUUAUUUAUGGAAUUUAUGCAAAGAUGAGCACAGCAAAAUCUCAGAAGCAAAACACCCUAAUAAUGUAGUGCAGUAUAAGUACUACCCCAACAGAGUAAAAUAACAACUUUAAAUUAUUAUAAAAUUUAGUUAUAAAAUAUUAUAAUUUAGACAACAUUUUCUGAUAAACAGCAAAACAGCCCCUCAUUGUGUUUAUCAAAUCUUAAACUUAUAAAGUGCCAAAUUAGCCAUUUUAGAACAAAGUUUAGCAACAUUUAAGAAAGUAAUUUGUUACCUUAAGAACAUGGCUUUCACACAAGUUGAGUGGAUAAACACAAAGCCAAAAAAGAUAGUUCAAGUUGCUGAAAAUAUUUCAGUUCCAUCCACAAAAGCUCUUCCUCCUACAAAAUAAGCUCGCUUGUUUUCACGACGUGCUUUAUCCACGAGAGGACAUCGUUUAUUUGGUCUUUCCCUGUCAGAUGGAGACAGGUCCUCAGCGAUUUUCAGAUUGUUGUUUCUGAGAAAGGCGGGCGGAGUCCUUCGCUUCCCGCCAAACGGCAUCACGAUAAAAGCGCGAUGUAAACUGGAAUAUUACCCCUCUAGGCUUGUCGUUAUUCAGCUGUUUGCGACCGAGUCGAUGUACAGUGUCUACAAUGAAUGGAUUUUUUUCCUUUGCUUCAGAGCAAACGUCGCAGGACUUUUGUCACAUUUUAAGACUGAGGACUUCAAUUUUGUAAAGGCGCAAAGAGAUGACGACAGCUGACUUUCCACAGUGAACACACGCUCUGUCUGAAUAACCUAUCCCAUCAAUGACACUUGACUUUAUACAGAUUUUACAACAACAACAACAAAAACAAUAUUAAGCCGCUCAAGACUCAUGGCGUGUUUCUUCAGGAGAACUAUUGCUCAUCAGCUUUCAAAGAUGUGUGGUCAGUAUGAAGAUGUUUUUAUACCUCUCAUCUGUGCAGUGCCAGUGUCAAAGAAACAGUCGAUGGGUGAUUUACGGGUGUCUGUGAACUCUCUGGUGCAGAAUGGUGCUGUUCUUCCUCAUGAAGAUCUACAGAGAAACACUGAAACACUGGCCAAACAGAUAAAACACAACUCUGUGGUUGAGGACGUCAUCGCUGCUCCAGGAAUGAUUUACUUCAGAUUAAACAAACUGAUGCUGGCACAGAAGGUCCUGAAGCAGCUGCAGUCAGAGCCUGACACGUUUGGACUGAAGAGUGAACUUCUCACACAUCUACACGGCGGCAGAACACUGGUGGAGUUCAGUUCACCAAACGUUGCUAAGAAGUUUCACGCUGGACAUCUGCGCUCCACGUUCAUCGGAAACUUCAUUGCCAAUGUCAAGAAGGCUGUGGGGAAGGAGGUGAUUCGGGUGAAUUAUUUGGGGGACUGGGGGAUGCAGUUUGGUCUUUUGGGAGCAGGAUUCGAGCGGUUUGGCUGUCAGCAGAAGUUGAAAGUUCAGGCUCUUCAGCAUCUCUUUGAGGUCAGCAGGUGUUUCUGUCACGCUGUCACACGUCUCUUCUCUUUUAACUCUCCGUCGUCCGUUCAGGUGUACGUUCAGGUGAACCGUGAGGCCGAGCACGAUGGCAACGUGCGUGUGGCUGCCGCCGACUUCUUCAGACGCCUCGAGCAGAAGGAACAUCAUGCUCUAUCGCUAUGGAAGCAGUUGAUGGAGAUCACCGUGAAAGAAUACAAACGGAUCUAUGAGCGCUUAGGAGUUCACUUUGAUCAUUUCUCUGGAGAGUCGUUUUAUCACAGUCAAACAAAGAAUGUUCUGGAAGAUCUUAAGUCCAGAGGCCUGUUAAAGACCACACAGAAGGGUACGACUGUGUUCGAUCUGUCGGAUGCAGGUGAUUUGUCAUCUUACGCCACGUUAGCGCGCAGCGAUGGGACGUCACUGUACAUCACCAGAGACAUCGCAGCGGCGCUGGACAGACACCAGAGGUUUGGAUUUGAUGAGAUGAUUUAUGUGACAGAUAAGAGUCAGAGCGUACACUUUCAACAACUCUUCCACAUCCUGUCAGCCAUGGGACACCAGUGGGCAAACAGUUGUGUUCACGUGGCGUUUGGGCGGGUUCAGGGCAUGAGCACACGGCGGGGUGACGUCAUCUUUCUGGAGGAUGUUCUGGAUGAGGCUCGCACCCAAAUGCUCAACAACAUGAGAGAGUCCAGAACUUCAAAAGCUCUUGAGGAUCCAGAAGAAACCGCAGAGAGAAUUGGCAUCAGUGCUGUUGUGAUACAGGAUUUUAAAGGGCCUCUGAUAUCAGAUUAUAGAUUUGAGUGGGAUACAGUUCUUCAGGCUCAGGGUGACACAGGAGUUUUUCUGCAGUACACACACGCACGACUCCGCAGUCUGUUGAACAGAUUUGGAGAUGAGAAGAAGUGUGGUGACCUCUCACCUCUGACAGACAACAGAAGCGUUUCAAUCCUCCAGCAUCUCCUCAGAUACGAUGAGAUUCUUCUUCAGUCGGCGACGGACCUGCAGCCCAGACACCUGGUGAACUUCCUCAUGACUCUGUGUCAUCUGGUGUCGUCCGCCCAUCGAGAGCUGCCUGUGAAGGGAAGCUCACUGGAGGUGGCUCAGGCCAGACUCUGUCUGUUCAGCGCCGCCCGUUCACUUCUGGCUAAUGGAAUGAGGAUUCUGGGGAUCACGCCUGUGGACAAAAUGUGAUUUUUUCUGUCUUUUCCUUGGCUGAAUCUAAAUAUAAAGACGAUUGACGAGCAACA